AUGAGCCAUUUCAACAAUAGUGGCGGCUUCAGCGACCUCUUUGAGGAUCAACCUGGUCAAGAACCAGUCAGCAGCAACACAGACAAGAAUGAAGACAAGACCCCACCGAACAAUGCCUUCGCAACCAUGGAGCACUCGGCCACUGCUGCCGACGCGGUAGCUGCCUUUCAAGAGAGCAUGCACGUCAAGUUUUCUCCUUUUAUUACCAUCAUGGGAGAAGAGACUAAUGAAGACCGUUAUGGCGAUGAAGAAGAGUCAAUGAAACUGGAUGGGAUCUUUGGUGCAUCCAACUCUUCGACCAUCAGUGGAAACUUCCUCUCCAACAGCCCUGUUGGUGGGGGUUUUGCCUUAAAUUCUCCCACUAAUAGCACUAAUAGCUCUGUCAGCAGCACGGAAAGUCGAAACAAACAGACACGCAAUCUGCAGGAGAGCUGGAACGUCUACCGACAAAAGAAAGAAGAAAGCAAAUCAAAGAAGAGACAGCAACAAAUGCUUGGGUCCUUCCACAUUGAAAAAGACAACGACAACGAUCCAGGCAUGGAUGGAAGCCAAGGAAGUCAUGGCUUGCUAUCCAUGACGGAAAAGGGGUUAGGGUCCUUUGGAGAUUUCGCAAAUUGGGAUGCCUCUGCUACCUCUGCGGCGUCCUUCACAGCAGGAUCUGCCGUAGCGCCGUUGAACGAGGAAACCGAAAUGGCCCCUCUAGACGAGCAGGAGGAUGAAGACGACGGGCAGGAAGACGAAUUUGCGGAAGAAACGACAAUGCUCUCCUCAGAGGUAGAGGCGUCAGACACUGCAUCCGUGGAACAGUCACUCCCUCAAUUGGAGCAAUCCUUCUCGGUCUUUAGUUUGUUGGGAGUGGGGUCAAUGCACUCGACAACGUCUGCUGUUGCUCCUAACGCUGCAAGUGCGACGACUCACACCACCACAACCACAACCACAUCGGAAAGCAAUCGACAGGCUAUGCAACACAGCUUUCGACAGCAAAGCAUGGCCAGUUCUCGCUUGAUCAAUGCUUCUGAUCACACCCAUGCAACUCACGCGGCAAAUGCAAUUGACGCAACCACUGCCGUCGUGAUCCCACAAGUACUCCCAGAAGAAACCUCUAGUAACUUGCGAGUUGAAGUCGACAGUUCAGAACUAGUGGAUGUGGAACUGGACGACCCCGACGAUAAGGAGAAAGAUGACAAAGAAAGCGAAGAUACCGAAAAUGAAUCGGUCAUGUCGACUAGUGAGCAUGAUGAGGGGGCGUCGUCGGUGGACAAGGCUGAGAAAACGGAACGGCAAGUUCGCCGGACUUUGCUCUUUUCCAUUCUGGCGGCUUGCGGGGUCCUUGCACUAGGAAAGCUUAUCAGCUAUUGGUGCUCGAAGUGCUCUCGUGGUGGGAGCGAAGAAGCCGACGUUGCAGGGGAGGUCGUGGGAGAUGCAGGCGACGUCAUUACGGCGACAACAGUUGGCCCAUCAGGAUCGGAGCAAUUCAUGGUGGCAGGGAAUGCCGCGGCUGGACAAGCCCAGGCUACAGCGAUAGCAGCACAAACCAUGGCAGUCGCGGCUGGCCAGAAUGCUGCUGGGACAGCUGCGUUGGCUGGAUCCGCUGCUGCAGCAGCAUCGGCUGCAACUUCAGCAGGAAUUGUAGGCACGGCAGUCUCUUUGGUUGCCACAUCCUCCACUGUGGCUCAAACUGGAAUGGCCAUUGGCGCUGUAGCGGUAGUUACCGCUGCUGUCACUGGCAGCGUUGUCUUGACCGAAACCAUGAUGGCUGCUUCCAAUAAUGAGACUGUGGCCGCACAAAACGUGACUGCAAACAUCUCUUUGAAUGGCACUUCGGCUGUUUCAACGUGGAACGAUACUCAGGCGUCGUCCUUCGACGGCAGUAGCAUCUUGGACAACAUGUUUGGUCCUGACUCGCAAAUCUGUGACCUAACCUUGGCCGAAUACAAGGAGGGACGCAUCAGGCUGGUGAUGGAGGGAAUCCCAAAUGACGACGACUUCGUAGCCAAUCACACCACAGUCCUAGAAGAUAUUUUCAUUGAUGUCUACAAUGGCGUUACGAACUUGUGCGAGGGCAAGUAUCAGAGAAUUGGACAGGACGCUGUUCUUGCCGAUUGGUCGUUUAUUGAUGCAGCUGAUACGACGUUCCUGUCAACAAAGUUCCACGUGGUUAUCAGCUGUGUGGGCUGCGACGACAUUGAGCCGUUGUUUCUAGACAUUGAGGGCUGCAAUGGACACGGCGAUGAAGAGCUAUGUCGUCGUCGUUUGCAAGAAGGGAACCUGGAUGUCUUCAGUUCAAAUUACGAAGAGAAAGUGAACGAACAUUUUGCGUCGGCAAAUGAAAUCAAGGAAGUGGUCGUCAAUUAUGUUUCAACUGAAGGGCCUGAUGGAAACCCCAUCGAAGAGUUCACCAGACGUGUUCCAGACGUUGCAACAGGGUCGCCACCAGUCGAGCCAGCACAGGAUCAACAGACUUGGGGCGAUGACGGGUCUGAAAGUACUCUUAGUCCAAGCAGCACGGUGCCAGAUGCGGCGUCCACAUCUACAUCGGUGCCAUCUGCGGCGACCACGUCCACAUCCACAUCGGUGCUAUCUACUGCGUCCACAUCGGCGCCAUCAGCUGAUAACACCGUUUUCUCGAAAACAUCUCCACCUUCAAGCUCCGGAGCAUCAUUUGACGCGCUGGCAGCUGCUCUUCAGGGCUAUGGCGCCACAGCGCCGGAGGAGGAACCCCGUUACACUUGCUGUACUUCCGUAGAGCCAGAAUGGGUAGACAUGAAGGGCGAGAUCGUUUGUCCAGACGAAAUAUGCUGUGUUGUCUGUGCGAUGGCCUUUGUCCCAACCACCCAUGCUACGAUCACUGAAGCCCCAAAAACGAUGUCCCCAACAACGCAUCGUCCCGAUGAAUCAGAACCUAUAGCACCCACAACGUUACCACCCAUCAUGCCGGUACCAACUCAGGUGCCUGUUGUGUUGGCUGCAGCGACAGACCAUCCGACCACUGCGAGCGCUCCUCGAGAAAAGCCAUUUUUUUGCUGCACUGUUGUUCUUGACCCAACUUAUCAGGAUCUCCUCGGGGAAAUUGUGUGCCCCCCUGGGUUGGAGGAAGAAUGCUGCAUCGUGUGCGCAACGGAUUCGAAGGCAGGAUCAAACGCUUCGCCCAAUGCACCUCCGCAUGCAAGCAACUCAGGAGGGUCAAAUAACCCCCCUAAUGUGCCUCCACAUGCCAGACCUCCGCAUGCCAGGCCUCCGCAUUCCAGUGCUUCGCAGACUUUGUCUCCAACAUUUCUGGCAUCACCAUCAGAAUCACCUUCAACUCUCUCCCCGCACGCAAACUCAACGGCUUCACCAAGCUCUUCAAGUGCCCGGACCGAAAAUGAUGCAGCUGUGCCUUGCUGUUCUUAUAUCCAGCCAGAAUUCAAGAGUUUGGUGGGCUUAGAGGUUUGCUCGCCAAACAGCGACGAGGGUUGUUGCAUCGUCUGCACUCAGAGCCCAACGUCUUUGCCAUCAACAGCUGGUCCAACGGUGACAGACGGCAGACCAAGUGCAUCUCCAACUACUGGAGCACCAACAACUCAGCAGCCUUCCACCGCAGACCCAACCUCAGCAUCACCCAGUACCUUGGGGCCCACAACUGCUGGUCCAACCGUGACAGCCGGCAGACCAAGUGCAUCUCCAACUACUGGGGCACCAACAACUCAGCAGCCUUCCACCGCAAACCCAACCUCAGCAUCACCCAGUACCUUGGGGCCCACAANNGCUGGUCCAACCGUGACAGCCGGCAGACCAAGUGCAUCUCCAACUACUGGAGCACCAACAACUCAGAAUCCUUCCACUGCAGACCCAACCACAGCUGCACCCAGUACCUUGGGGCCCACAACAGCUGGUCCAACUGUGACAGCGGGCAGACCAAGUGCAUCUCCAACUACUGGAACCCCCACAACUCAGAACCCUGCAACUGGAAGCCCAACAGUUCCUUGUGCUUACAAUGAGGUCACCACAAAUUAUUACAUGGGAUUCACGUCUGACACUUCAGCUUUGGGAGAUUUGGCUCUUGAUGUGGCAUUCAUGACAGCUUAUGCAACAUUGUCGAAAUCAGGUUGCUCUGCUGUCCUUGUUGAUGCUUCGGUUUCAAGAAGAUACAACAUGAGACAACUUCAGAGUGGUCAUAACCAGAUUGAGUUUGCGGUGACCACAGCACAGACCAACACAAAUCCAUUUUUGGCCAAUGAUGACGACAAGACUGCUUUUAUACAGGCAAUUUCUCGUUUAACUGGUUUCACAGCAGAGUAUCUCAGGGAUUAUCUCACCACUUCUGCUCCAACUCUGGCACCAUCAUCGCUGAGUCCCACAGUUAUCCCAGGUAUGCCAAGUGCAAGUCCAACAACAGGGACACCAAGUUCAAGCCCGAGUCAAGUUCCAAGCACUCCCCCCUCACCAAUGCCAAGCACCAUUCCAAGUACCUCAAACAUUCCAAGCCCUGCUCCCAGUCAUAGCCCAAGUAUGGAUAAUACUCUGAGCACAACCCCCAGCUAUUAUCCAAGUUCGCCGCCAAGCAUUAGCGAGGCACCACUCUCAUCUCCCAGUGCUGGCCCCUCUUCCGGUGUAGCUCCCAGCACUACAACAUCUCUGGCUAGUGGCAGUCCUUCAACCAGCACUGGGCCAAGUUUGUCGCCAACCACAAGUGAGGCCCCCAGUUCAUCUCCCAGUGCUGGUCCCAGCAUUGCCGCAACUCUGGCUAGUGUCAGUCCUUCAACCAGCUCUGGGCCAAGUUUGUUGCUAGCCACAAGUGAGCCCCCCAGUUCAUCUCCCAGUGCUGGCCCCUCUUCCGGUGUAGCUCCCAGCACUACAACAUCUCUGACUAGUGUCAGUCCUUCAACCAGCUCUGGGCCAAGUUUGUUGCCGAGCACAAGUGAGGCCCCCAGUUCAUCACCAUCUGUGGGUCCUAGUGUUUCCACAAGUGCUCUUGCCAGUUCCGCCCCAUCUGAUUCUGCAGCACCCAGUGCAUCACCAUCUUUGGGUCCCAGAGUUUCCCCAAGUACACUUGCCAGUUCCACCCCUCCGAGUCUGCAGCCCCCAGUCAUCGCCAUCUUGGGUCCUAGUGUCUCCCCAAGUACCUUCUUUAGCCAGUUCCACACCAUCCGAGUCUGCAUCCCCCAGUGCAUCACCAUCUUUGGGUCCCAGUGUUUCCCCAAGUACACUUGCCAGUUCCACACCAUCCGAGUCUGCACCCCCAGUGCAUCACCAUCUUUGGGUCCCAGUGUUUCCCCAAGUACACUUGCCAGUUCCACCCCAUCCGAGUCUGCACCCCAGUGCAUCACCAUCUUUGGGUCCAGUGUUUCCCCAAGUACACUUGCCAGUUCCACCCCAUCCGAGUCUGCAGCCCCCAGUGCAUCGCCAUCUUUGGGUCCUAGUGUCUCCCAAGUGCACUUGCCAGUUCCACCCCAUCCGAGUCUGCAGCCCCCAGUGCAUCACCAUCUUUGA